AUAGUUAAAACAGCGAGAGUAAAACGAUUGUGUGCAGCCAUGGCAGCGAUAAAUGUUCGCGAUCAGAAACUUGAGCAGCAACGUCAAAUCAUGGAACAGAAAAUGAAACAAAAGAGGCAAAAUUCUGGUCUUGUCCAAGCCAACGAUCUCAGAGUAGGGUCCGCCAAAAGACCGAUUUCAGGAAGCCGUUCCCGGGAGCUACACGGCUAUGAUGGUCCGAUGCAAUUUCUUAUGUCUCCAGUCAAUCCUGACCAAGUUAUACCCCUCCAAACAAAUAGAAUAUCAACUUAUGACGACUUGGGCAACCAAAUAGAAGUCUUAACAGUAGGGGAUUCCGAUGGUGGGACUUUGGAUGGUGACGGGGAGGAGGAAGAAGAGAGCGUUCCUGUGUGCAGCGUAGGACGUGACGUCAGCACUGAUGACGUAUGCGCCGACGCCGCGGUCGCGCCGAUGCAGCCGCGCCUGUUGAGGAGAGAUUUAUCACCCAGUCAGGCACCAGAGGUAGAAGGAUCGGUAGAAGGAGCGGUAGAAACAUUCGUAGUGACUCCAGCUAAACAUGGCACUUUGUACAAGUGCCGGAUAGCCCGCGAUAGGAAAGGCAUGGACCGUGGCUUGUAUCCAACAUACUUCCUGCAUUUGGAAAAGGAUUAUGGCAAGAAAGUGUUUCUCUUAGCAGCUCGUAAACGUAAAAAAUCCGCAACGUCGAAUUAUCUCAUAUCCACGGAUCCAACAGAAUUGAGCCGCACCGCGGACAGUUUCGCUGGGAAACUAAGGUCUAACCUCCUUGGUACAGCGUUCACUGUGUACGAUAAUGGCAAAGCGUGGCGAAAGCAUGACCAUACCAAGACGAGGUGUGAGUUGGCAGCUGUUGUAUAUGAUACAAACGUCCUAGGUUUCAAAGGACCUCGUAAAAUGACUGUCAUCCUGCCGGGUAUGACGCCCGAAAGGCAACGCGUUACCAUCGCGCCUCAAGAUGACAGCGAAACGCUCCUCGAACGAUUGAAAACUCAGAGUUUGGAUGAUAUCGUCGUUUUACAUAAUAAAACCCCUGUAUGGAACGACGAAACUCAGUCCUACGUCCUGAAUUUCCAUGGCAGGGUAACGCAAGCUAGUGUGAAAAAUUUCCAAAUCGUACACGACGCGGAACCCGAUUACGUCGUUAUGCAAUUCGGUCGAAUAGCCGAAGACGUCUUCACUAUGGACUUUCGAUACCCCCUUUGCGCUCUGCAAGCAUUUGGCAUUGCGCUCAGUUCGUUUGAUAGUAAACUUGCUUGCGAGUAAGAAUUGUAUGCGAUUUGAAAUUGAAAUGUUUGCAUUUAUUUACAAUUCCAAUACCAAAUUUCAAAUUCACCUGUGCACAUUUCUCAAAUUGAGUUUGGCUGCUUAGUUAAUUGCAAAGAAAUGAUCCUCAAAAGAAACAACCAAUGUACGACAAACUUGUAUUAAAGCGUUUGUUUUAUUUCGGUGCCCACGCCAUCUUUUGGCAUUUUGGAGUAAACAGAGUUAUUUACAAAUUUAUUCAAAAGGUGGCGCUAUUUUUAUCACUUUACUUUUAAAUUAGAUUUUAGACUGGUCAUAUUAAUUUCGGUAAUGAAAUGUGCACAGAUGUAUUGAAAGAAACAUGCAUUUUGUAUUCAAAUUAUGUUUAGCAUUUAUCUAUUUAUUUAUUUUUGUACUGAACGAUCAGUAAUGAUUUUUACAUUGUAAUAAAUUUAAUGCAUUUUUUAAUUUAAGAACAAAAAAGGCGCUAUUGUAAACACAGCUCAUGAAAAUAAAGACACUAAGGUUUAAAAGUAACAUUUACACAAGUGCAGCUAAAGAUCUGCAAUGGACAAAAUUAGGACAAAUUAUAGUGGUCAAUCCACUGACCAGCUAAAACCUAUAAUGU